AUGGCUCAGAAUUUUGAGACUUGGUUAAAGAACUUACCUCCUAUUACUCAGUAUGUAUUGGGUAUUGCGGUGCUUCUCACGGUUAUCUCUUCUUUUGAAGUAAUUGAUAUUGAACGACUUUUAUUAACACAAAAGGUCAUUACACGUAUGGAACUCUGGCGGCCGUUUACUUCCGCUUUCUUUUUGGGUAAAUUUUCUUUUAAUUGGCCCUUCUCUCUUGCUAUUCUUGUCAUGUACUCCAAUUAUAAUGAAAAGUUUGAUUAUGAUGGGAAAAGUGGUGAUUAUUUGUGGAUGUGGCUUUUUAUGAUAACUGCGGUAACGGUGCUUGGUUUACUUAUUCCUCUUUACAUCACCAGUUCGGCACUCAUGAUGGGUCUCUGCUGGGUAUUCUGUAAACGACAUCCGGAGAUGCGAAUGACGUUAUUUGUAUUUGAAUUCCGUGCGAAUACAUUUCCCUGGGUUCUUCUUGUCUUUCAUGUAAUUAUGGGUGGUGGAUUUGUGGAGGAUAUUGUUGGAAUUAUUAUUGGCCAUUUAUAUUAUUUUGUUAAGGAUAUUCUCCCAGAAACACAAGGUGUACAAUUACUGCAAACACCCGCAUGGUUUCUACGAUAUGUGAUGCCUAAUAAUAAUAAUAACGCUGCAGGGCCGCGGGUGUGGACUUCUGGGGGAUAUAGACCUAUGCAGACGACUAUGGGAGGAAAUACAGCGGCGGCGAGUACAUCGGCUUCUCAUCAUCAAUGGGGAAAAGGAAGAACACUCGGCAGCAGUUGA